CUCCAGCGCAAGAGACGUGUCCUGCAGCCACAGCGGAGGAUUGCGGUGCAGGGAGGAGCGGUGCAUGCUGGGAACUGCGGAGAAUAAAUAGUCAGCCGGGAGCCGGAGCUAAUGCUGCGUACUGCAUCUGUCUGAGGGACACGCCCUGCGUGGGCACAGCUGCUGGAGACCCAGCUCUGAUUUUCCGAAGUUCUGCAUCAUGGACCUCAAGCCCAGACUUCUUAACUUGAUGGGAACGGUGUUCCUUCUUCUGUUCUUCAGACUUGGCAUUGGUAAACAAGACCCAUGCUGGACUUGCCGCAACCUCGUCAACAAUUUUAUCAAGGGCAUAGAGAAAACAGCUGGGCAAAACUUUGGUGGAGGCAACACUGCCUGGGAAGAGGAGAAGCUGGCAAAGUAUGAGAGCAGUGAGACUCGUCUUCUGGAGGUGAUAGAAACUGCCUGUGAAAAGUCUGACUUUGAAUGUAAUAAGAUGUUGGAGCAGAAUGAGGAACAUCUGGAGGCGUGGUGGUUUAAGAGACCCAAAGAUCCCAGUGACCUCUUUGAGUGGAUGUGUAUGGACACCUUGAAGCUCUGCUGCCCGGAAGGCAACUGGGGGCCAGAUUGUUCUCCGUGCCCUGGUGGCAGUGACGAGCCCUGCAGUGGGAAUGGAAAAUGUAAUGGUUCAGGCACACGAACUGGCACAGGGACAUGUGACUGUAAUCCCAGCUAUGGUGGCCCCUUGUGUAUGGACUGUGCUGUUGGUUAUUAUGAGGAAGCCAAAAAUGAGAGCCACCUGGUAUGUUCUGAGUGUCACCGGUCCUGCAGCAAAUGCCUGGGGCCUGAGGAGGACCAGUGUGUGCUGUGCAAGAAGGGCUGGAUGCUACAUGACAUGAAAUGUAUUGACAUUGAUGAAUGUGGCACGGUAGAUCGCUGCAAAUCAAACCAGUACUGUCUGAAUACAGAUGGAUCCUAUGAAUGCCGAGACUGUGAUAAAUCCUGCAUUGGUUGCAUGGGCGCAGGGUCUGCACGAUGUAAGAAGUGCAAUGCUGGCUACUAUCGGGAUGGUGCCAAGUGCCUGGAUAUAGACGAGUGUGACAAUGAGAUUCCCAAGUGUAAAGGCCUACGAGAGGAGUGUGUGAACACAGAGGGAAGUUACACCUGUGUCUGUGAGAAGGGUUAUUCCAGGAUUGAUGGAUUUUGUAGAGCUGACAACAAAGAUGACUCUGAGAAAGGACUGUUUGAUGACAUCACUGACGAUGAGGUGGUGGUCCUGCAGCAAAUGUUUUUUGGGGUGAUCAUCUGUGCUCUGGCCACUCUAGCAGCCAAAGGGGACAUGGUCUUUACUGCCAUCUUUAUUGGAGCUGUGGCAGCCAUGGCUGGGUACUGGUUCUCAGAGAAAAGUGACAGAGUACUUGAUGGCUUUUUGAAAGGAAGAUAGCUUCUUAUCAGCCUGGAGAAGAAGGUGAGAAUGGACCCGAAUGUCUUUGGCGCACCUCUCUGAUACACCCCUGGGCCCCAAAGAGCUCUUCAUACAGUCCAGUUGUGUGGCAGAGAUAACAAGUAUUGUCAUGUAAGGAAGGUCCUUAUGACACCCCCUGCCACCUCUUAUAUUGUAGAAGACACAUAAGCACAGACCUCUUCAAGAAACCACCGAAAAUCUUAAAUUUAAGUUGAUAGAAUCCUUCUGUGAUGACAAUUUUGAAACCUUUCUUUUUCAUAGAAGAAGCCUGUAGGAAACCAGGAAUUUUAGAAAUUUUUACUUAUCUGAUCUGAAGACCAGAAACUUGAGUUCUAUAUACUCGCUCUAUGUAUCUCCCCGCUUGACCUAGAAGUGUGGCAUCUUAUGAUUUGUCUGGUGGACACUGCCCUCUUCACCAGGCUGUAAAGUACGGAUGAUGGGGGUCCCGAGUGGGAUCUUACUAGUGUCGAUCCUACAGGAAGAGCAAAGAUGGUUCUGCAAAUUUUUGUGUGGCUUGCACAUUGUGCUUUUCUGUAUGGAAAUGAAUGUAAGAUGACGUGACUUUGGUAACACAUAUUUAUAAGAGAUGAGUUGCUUUCAUAAGGGUAUCUGUGAGGACUAUGUGAUUUUAUAUAUCUUGUUGUGUGUUUUUUUUUAUUUAUUUUUUUUUACUGUCCAUGUGAGCACACCCUAAAGGCAUAUUCCAAAAUAUAAUGUAAAUUUGUGCUCAGGCAGGUGGUAAAAACAAAAAAAAAUAAUCCUAUACUUUUUUUGCUCCCCUGCUGUUUACACAGUCCCCCACGGCUGCACAGUCCUGUGGCACCAGUUGGCUAAGUGGGCAUUUUCUUGUGCCAACUCCAACCCUGGAAGGACUGUUCAGUGAGAUCAGGGCUUCGUGAGAAUGGCAGCAGGGGAGUGAGGAAGGAAAGCAUAGGAUUUUUUAUUAAUUAUCAAAUGCAUAUUCCAGUGUUUCCCAACCAGGGUGCUUCCAGCUGUUGCAAAACUACAACACCCAGCAUGCCCGGACAGCCAAAGGCUGUCCGUGCAUGCUGGGAGUUGUAGUUUUGCAACAGAGGCACACUGGUUGGGAAACACUGGCCUAAUAACAAACGUUGCUCCCUUAAAUACACCUUUAAAGGGUCCUGCACUUUAUGAAAACAUUUGCAACCAAUUUUAGCUAAUUAAUUUUAAGCCUCAAUAACGAGACCUCUUUCCAGUCUUAAUUAGAAAUAUCCUCCUGUUGUGUGCUUUAUUUCCUGUCCAGACCUAUGUCUCUCCAUGGUUACUGACGACAUGCAAACCCUGGGGGAGAUUUAUCAAAACCUGUGCAGAGGAACAGUUGC